AUGGCUAAUGCCAUAGCAGUCGCCGUGAUCCUUGUCGCGACCUUACUAUGGUUCUUACGUCGCAGACUCACGAAGAUAUUCUUGAGUGAUGUCCCAGGUCCUAAACCCGAGUCGUUCUGGCUAGGCAACCUCAAGUACUUGUUCCUUCAACAGGUAGGAGAGGCAGACUUUGAGCUCCAAAAGCAGUACGGCGGGAUCGCCCGAGUGCAUACCAGUCUCGGGGGAGAAUCAUUGUGGAUUUCCGAUCCGAAGGCGCUGCAGUACAUCUACGUAACUUCUGCUUGCCACGGAUUGGCAUGGGCAGAAGGAGAGGUUCAUAAACGUCAACGCAAGAUCAUGCUCCCUGCAUUCCAAGCACCCGAGAUGAAGGCCCUGUUUCCCCACUUUACUCGUGCAGCCGAGGCCAUGUCAGUAAGAUGGAAGGACCUGCUGACCACGUCUACUGGCCAGUCUGCAGAGAUUGACAUCCCCGCCUGGCUGUCUCAGGCAACGCUAAGUGCUGUCGGGGAAGCGGCCUUCGACUAUCACUUCGGCAUAAUGGAGGAUCCAGAAAAUGAUCUCGUCCGCGCGUACCGCGGUUUCACGUCCCUGGUGUUCAGAUUGCCGUCUGCCAAAGCGAUUUUCAGGUUCGACAUCAUGCGGCUCUUCUCCUAUCGCGUUAUCAAAUGGAUCCAAGACCACCAGAACAACCCAGUCAUGGAGAAAGUUAGAGAGUGCGAACGGCUGACUCUGAAGGUUGCGAAGGAGCUGGUGGACACGAAGGCAGAGGCGUUGAAGCAAGGCAAGGGAAGCAAGGACGUAUUCAGCUUGCUCGGCAUGUCGCCGCCUCUGUCUUCGGUCUUUGAGGCGAAUUUGCGUCUGAGCGAUGAAGAGAUGUACGCCGAGAUGCGCACCAUCCUGUUCGCAGGACAUGAGACGACGUCCUCAACUAUUGGCUGGGCCCUCCUGGAGCUCGCCCGGCACCCCGAGGCACAGACGCGGCUCCGCCAGGAGAUCAUUAGCAAGCGGAGCAGCUGUGGUGGCGCCGAGCUCACUGUGACUGACGCGGAGAGCAUGCCGUACCUUCAGGCCUUCCUGCGCGAGGUGCUGCGCUUCCACCCAAUCGCCGCCCAUACCUUCCGUGUCGCGGUGUGCGACGACAUGCUGCCGCUCUCAAAGCCCCUCACGACCAAGUCGGGCAAGGUACUCGAGAAGCUGCCAGUCCCGAAGGGGACGCGCAUGAUUCUGUCCAUCGCUGCAUACAAUCGCGACCCAGAUCUUUGGGGAGGCGACCCACACUCGUUCGACCCUGAGCGUUGGCUGGACGGCAGGGUCAAGAAGGGUCAGGCACUGGGCAUGUUUGGAAAUCUCCUUACUUUUGCCGCAGGUACACGAGCGUGCAUAGGCUGGAGAUUCGCCAUCUACGAGAUCCAGGCAUUCCUGAUCGAACUUGUACCGAAUUUCGAAUUCGUGCCAACUGAAGAUAUAAAGAGGCUGCGCAGAGAGUUGUGUGGCGUCAUGGCCCCAACACUGGAGAGCGACAGAAGCAACAUACGCUUGCCAGGGAUAGUACCAUUAGACCAAAUGAACUAGCACAUGUGUAUGCAAGCCGUGUGUGCAUAGCAGCCACUUACCGGUGCAGGGCCUCGUGGGAAUAUAUCUAGAAUAUUGCCAGCUGCUACUGUAGCAGAGAUACCGGGCGAAGCUGGGAAUGUUUAGCAUUGAGAACUACAAACAGAGCCGAAGUGAGCGAAGCAGGGAAGCUAAGACCGCGAUAGAGCUAUGUAGCAUGCCUACGAGAUGCUUUAGAUGCUCGACCGGUGGCAUAAAAAUCGCGUAGUAGGGGGUCUGGUUAUUCAGCUUGUGGCUCACCUCUGUUAAACUGCAUGCAAAAGACUCUUCGGAUGCCAGUCUGGUUAAGCCUUGAGGAGUGUGCAUCAAGUCACGCUGACUGAGCGAGGCUGGCCUAAUAAACGUAGGAGUUGUAUCCGAUAUGUCUCG